ACUGAGAACAAAGCACAGUCACACUUCGUUUGUAUCGACUUUUCAAUAACACCGUUCUCACAUUCCGGAGCUCCCGAAGCACUAACAAACACAUCAAUUCCAAUUUAAAAACUCAACGAACAACAUUUCCUCUUCUCUUCAUAUAUACUCUCUGGCUCCUUCCAUUUUCUCUUCUGCUCGCAUUUUCAGAACGACAAUGGCUUCUCUUACCGGAUCCAAUUGUGUCGCUCUUCGAACUGCAAAUUCCGCCGUCGCCGCUAACCGUAAAAUCGGUCAGAUCCGGCAAUGGUCUCCGAUUUCGAAUAAUCUUCGUCCACUUUCCGGUCUUCGCUGCAGAUCGAAUACUUCGUUUAGCUCCAACGGUGUGAGAGCACAAGUUGCUACCCUGGAGGAAGCGGGAACCGGAGCAGCUCAGAAAGUGGAAUCGCCGGUUGUAAUUGUAACCGGAGCCUCCAGAGGUAUUGGCCGUGCAAUUGCAUUGUCGUUAGGUAAAGCAGGUUGCAAGGUUUUGGUCAACUACGCAAGAUCAUCCAAGGAAGCCGAAGAGGUUUCCAAGGAGAUUGAGGCACUGGGUGGGGAGGCUUUAACAUACGGCGGAGAUGUUUCUAAUGAAGCUGAUGUGAACUCUAUGAUUAAAACUGCAGUGGAUGCUUGGGGAACUGUUGAUGUUUUGAUAAACAAUGCAGGAAUAACUAGAGAUGGUUUGUUGAUGAGAAUGAAGAAAUCUCAGUGGCAGGAGGUUAUCGAUCUAAAUCUCACUGGUGUUUUUCUUUGCACACAGGCAGCUGCUAAGGUUAUGAUGAAGAACAAGAAGGGAAGGAUAGUCAAUAUUGCAUCAGUUGUUGGUUUGGUUGGCAAUGUUGGACAAGCCAACUAUGCUGCUGCAAAAGCAGGAGUAAUUGGCCUGACAAAAACUGUUGCUAAGGAAUAUUCUAGCAGAGGCAUCACUGUUAAUGCCGUUGCUCCAGGAUUUAUUGCAUCUGACAUGACUGCUAAGUUAGGAAAAGACAUUGAGAAAAAGAUUUUGGAGACAAUUCCAUUAGGACGAUAUGGUCAACCAGAAGAAGUUGCUGGACUGGUGGAAUUCUUGGCCCUUAAUCAAGCUUCCAGUUACAUCACUGGCCAGGUUUUCACCAUUGAUGGAGGCAUGGUGAUGUAAAACAGUGAUGUUUUUCCAUGUUAAUCUGAGCUUCUGCUCCUAAAUCACAGUUCAUCCAAAUGAUUUUCCUCUGAUUCUAUACGGUGAUAGUUCGUUCUUUGUUGAGUGUUUGCUUGAGCUCUCUACCUUGUGAUUUAUAGUAGAUUUUUAGUUGAGCUUAUAUUCAUGAAAUCAAAGGUGUUUUAACAAGGUCACGUUAGCAGAAAAGGAAUAUUAUUACAUAUUUUAAGCAAUUCGGUUGCUUUGAGGAUUUGCUUUUCCUUCCUAGAUGUUCUCUGCUGGUAACUGGAUUAAUUUUGCACUUUUCAUUGUUAUCUGAUUAUACGCUAUAAUUAAACGUUAAAAGGUAAAUUUUUGAGCCAA